AUGGCCUUGUCCAACAUGACCAAUGAGGAAUGGGAGGAGCUUGCCCAGACAAUCCCCAGCAAAGAAGAUGCCUUCAUCCAGAAGUACAUGACAGGCCGCGAGGCCCUCAUAGCAGAGGAGAAGAAACAACGGAGUGACCACUCAUUCCGGCAGAACCUGUCGCCCAUCGCGCAAAAGGCAUGCCGGAUCGUGGACAAGAUCCGCGCCGAGGAGCAGCGCACGCUAUGGACGCCCGAGUACGAGGACCGGCUGGCCGUGCGCGAGGGCUGCACCAUGCACAACGGCAUGAUGUUCACGCUGGCCAAGGGCCUGAUGGAGCGCACCAAGCUGUGGCGCAUCGUGCGGCGCAUGCCCAAGGGCUCCAUCCUGCACGCACACCUCGAUGCCAUCGUCGACCUGGACUUUGUCUUUGACACCCUGCUGGAGGAACCCGGCAUGCACAUGUCCGCGCCCGACGCCCGCCUCGGCUCCCGCGCCGCGAGGGCCGACGCCGUUGUCAAUUUCCGCUUCUUCAAGGAGGACAAGAACCCCGCCAUGUCCAUCUGGGAUGAUGCCUCGUACCGCCCGGGAGAGUUUGUCCCGCUGAAGAAGGCAGCCGAGACGUUCCCCGAUGGCGGUCGCGAUGGCUGGAUCCGCUGGAUGAAGAGCAAGACCACCAUCUCCGAGACGGACGCCGUCGAGCAGCAUCACGGUGUGGAUCACGUGUGGAAGAAGUUCUCCAAGUGCUUUGUCAUCAUGGGGACGGUCAUCCACUACGAGCCCAUCUUUAGGAAGUUCCUGAGGCGCAUGAUGAAGCAGUACUACGAGGACGGGGUGUACUGGGGAGAAAUAAGGUUCACCUGGCCAUUAAACUACUACCGGCUCGGCCAGGAAGUCCCCGAGUCCAACUACAGCCACAUGUUCACCGUCAUCGACGAGGAGAUCAAGGCGUUCCAGGCGUCACCCGAGGGCAAGGGGUUCUGGGGCCUGCGCAUGAUCUGGACGUCGCUGCGGAUUUGGGAUCAGAAGUCGAUCGUGCAGAACAUGGACCACGCCAUCACAACCAAGCUCGAGUUCCCGCACCUGCUGUCCGGGUUUGACCUGGUGGGACAGGAGGACCUGGGCCGCCCACUGACGGACGUGCUGCCAGAGCUAUUCUGGUUCCGCAAGCAGCUGGCCGAGGAGGGGCUCCCGGAGGGUGCCAUGCCCUUCUUCUUCCACGCGGGCGAGACGCUGGGCGACGGCACGGCCACGGACCAGAACCUCUUCGACGCCGUGCUGCUGGGCACGCGCCGCAUCGGCCACGGCUUCAGCCUGUACAAGCACCCGCUGCUGACGGACCUCGUCAAGGAGAAGCGCAUCCUGAUCGAGUCGUGCCCCAUCUCCAACGAGGUCCUGCGCCUCUGCGGCAGCAUCAUGAGCCACCCGCUGCCGGCGCUGCUGGCCCGGGGGGUCCCCUGCGCCCUCAGCAACGACGACCCCGCCAUGCUCGGCCAGGACACGGCCGGCAUGACCCACGACUUCUGGCAGGCCCUGCAGGGCUGGGAGAACCUCGGCCUCGCCGGGCUGGGCAGCCUCGCCGAGAACUCGGUGCGCUGGAGCUGCUUUGAGGACCAGACGCCUGACGAGUGGGCCCGCGACGUCAAGGAGGCCAGCCUUGGCUCCGGCGUCAAGGCCCAGAGGCUCAAGGAGUGGGAGGUGUUGUGGGAGAAGUUCUGCCUGUGGGUGUGUGAGGAGUAUGGGGACGAGUACGAGGAGUAG